AUUCUAGAAGCAGAGCCUUGAGAAGGGGCCUGGAGAGUUGGGCGGAGCAGGUGCACCUGCCAUGGGUGCUGAGGGGAGCGGCUCGUGCCCCACAAGAACUUUCCAGUGUCACAGGCGGCGUUUCUCAACCUGGGGGAUCCGCCAUUGCCUUCUUAGCCUCUUCCUCCAAAUAUUGCUUAUUGUAACAAGUCAUGAAAAGGAAAUGGGAGGGGGCAUGGCGGUCCGUUAAGGGGUACGCGCACGCCCGUGCACUCGCUGGUCUCCGGCUCCUGUUUGCAGCGGUUUCGCCGCCAACCCCGAGGGGCGUGUCCUCGGCUGCGGGGGGCGGGGGGCGCGCUCCAUAAUCGCCUUUUUGCCGCUUUCCCUGCUGUUGUGUCCUGGAACGUUCGGCUUCACACGCGGUUCUUCCUUCGCUGCACCCGCCCCGCUGCCCUCGGCGGCUCCUGACGCGCAGACCCGCCGAGCGCCGAGCCCGCCGCGCCGCGCCGGAAGAGAAUGGAAGGGCUUCAGAGGAGCAGAUAUGGAACUAUAGUUGAAGGCGGAGAAGAUAACCAGUUUGCAACAUCGUCCUCAUUGAGAAUCGUCUUGGUGGGCAAAACAGGCAGUGGAAAGAGUGCCACAGGGAACAGCAUCCUCUGCCAGCCAGUGUUUGAGUCCAGGCUGGGGGCCCAGUCCGUGACCAGGACGUGCCAGAAGGCAACAGGCACCUGGAACGGGAGGAACAUCCUAGUGGUUGACACGCCCUCCAUCUUUGAGGCAAAGGCCCAGACCCAAGAGAUAUACAAGGACAUUGGCGACUGCUACCUGCUCUUGGCCCCAGGGCCCCAUGUGCUGCUGCUGGUCACCCAGCUGGGGCGCUUCACUGCCCAGGACACAGUGGCAGUGAGGAGGGUGAAGGAGAUCUUUGGGGCAGGAGCCAUGAGACACAUGGUCAUCCUCUUCACCCACAAGGAGGACUUAGACGGUGGGUCCUUGGAUGAUUACAUAGCAAACACGGACAACCACAGCCUAAGGAUCCUGGUCCAGGAGUGCGGGGGGAGGUACUGUGCCUUCAACAACCGGGCCACCGGGGAGAAGCAGAAGGAGCAGCUGGCCCAGCUGAUGGCCGUGGUCGAGAGGCUGGAGAUGGAGCUUGAAGGCACCUUCCACAGCAACGACCUCUUCUCUGAUGCACAGAUGCUCCAGCGAGGGGGGGCCAGGGCAUAUGGAGGAGACCACGUGCGCUACCUGGCCAAGGUGCAGCUGCAGGUUGAAAAGCAAAGCCGAGACCUGAAAGAGAGUGAGAGUAACUGGGCAUUCAAGGCACUCCUCAGAGCCAAAAACUGGAUGAUUUCUCACAUGGGAAUAUCUGCUGUUCUUGUCAUAUGCCUUUUGAUUUUUCUUGCUGUUUUAAUUAACCUGUGUAUUACUCAUGGACACUGAGCAUUUUCUGACGAGUUCUACAAUCAGCUUUAUUUUUUUCAGAGACACCAUCUCUGUCUGUCUGUGUGGUACUUUAUUUGCUUUUUACAUAAUUUCACUUUCAUUUUCUCCUCCUUGCAUCAGACAUGUCAUCCAUUUUCUCUAAGUGCUUUUAGGUAAAUAAAAUCCAAAGGA